CUUGAUUUUGUUAUUUGUAUCAUCUUGACCUAUAUUUAAAAGUAUGUCAAGACUCAUCUUGUCCUUAAAGUAAUAUGAAGACUACAAUAAGAAAAACCAGUGAUAACAAAGUCAAAAGCAAAGUAAAAACAACUAAAGACGACAGUACAGCAUCAUCCAAAAGAGAUGAGAAAGAAAAAUCUACAGCCCUUAAGACUAAUGUAUCUACUACACGAAAUACUCCAUCCAAGUCACAAAAUACUCCAGCAACACCAAGAUAUACUCUAUCUACGCCACGGAAUUACGUACAGAAAUCUACUUCCGCAGAUAUUUAUGGUCAAAAGACAUUACAAUCCAAAGCACCAAGUAAAUCAAUUGGUACAACAAACAAAACAAAUGUAUCUGCGAAGGAUAUUUUGAAAUCGUCGCCUUCAUCUGUAACUCAGAGCAGUAGAAGUUCGGAAAAAAGGAUAUCGAAGAAAAUAGAAACGAAAUCGGAAAGCAAAAUAAAACAAAAACCGCGGUUGGCGAAAGAGUUACCAUACGCGAAUGUAACUGUGAAUUCGCCGGGGACAAAGAAAAAGUUAGAUUUGAAUUCAGAAACGGCAAAAUUGAAUUUGGAUCGAUCUGAUGGUGAUCGACAACGGACAAAGACGAGGACUCUUAAAGAUGACGAAGUCAAAGUGUUGACUCCAGACGUAGUUGAUAAUAAUGCUGAGAUGAUUAAUUUGACGAGACGACUGGGAGCACAACCGAAGGCGUUUUUUGUUGAUUUUGAAGAUGAAAAAAGACAAUCUAAGGUACAAAACAACAAAUCGAGCGACGAUGACGUAAGUUAUGAAGACGACUUCGAAAGUUAUGAGUCUGACUUUGAAUCCUAUCAUAGUGAAUCUAAUUCAAGUUCGAACGAUCAAUUGGACAAUCAAAGCGAUCCAGAAAAUAAUGUACAAAAUCAAGACGCUGAUGACAAUGAUAAGAGAUAUAUCGAAAAAGAUUCAUUUGAACGUAGAAGUAAAGGUGAAAAAGAUAUAAGUGGAAGUAAUGGCCAUAUAGAAUCUGAUGAUGGUUUAAAAGAAAUUAAAGACGAGGAAAGAAUGCUGGACUCUGGUAAUUUUGAUUUGCGCGAGUCACAACGCUCGGCUAAUCGCGCGAAACAUGGCGUCAUGGAUUUCAUAGUAGAAGACACGGAAGUUGAUGUGAAGGUUUCUCUCACGGAUGAGGGAUUCCAGGAUAUGAGCAGUUCCAGUGCUGUUUCCAGCAUGAGGACGCUUCACGUUGAUGUACUUGAUAGGCCUCUUUUUAUAGACUUCACGAAGGCCAAACAAAAUAAACGAAAACGGCUAAUAUUCGAAAGGUUAAAGCAGCGCGCUCAAGAUAUACUCAGCAUGGUAACAUUGCAUGAAAUGUCAUACUCACUCUUUGAAAUGAAACCUAUUCCAUACGACGUGUAUAUGGCAACAUUUGGCAGAUCAAAUUACAUGCAAACUGCUGCGCAGACUUUUGACGAUGGUAUCACUGAGGAGGUGCAAACUGAAGAGAUCGAAUGCGAUGUAAAAUGGACCCAAUACCCAGUAGAUUUUUCCAAUCAUGAUAUUCAUUUAAUGCAAGAUAUUAGAAAUAGAAAAUAUAGUCAAAAUUUUGAAGAUUACUUAACAAAGUUUACAAUUUUAAUAAAAGAUACUUCAAUUAAAAAUGUCAACGAUGAGAUUAACUCGGAUGUAAGUUACAAAUUGAAUCCAAUGAGAAUUUACUUAGAGCAGAAAGAUGGCGUCGGUAACGGAAAUAUGUUGCAAUAUGACAGUUACGAUUCUAAAUUGAAAAAUAACGAAUUUAAUGUGCACAGACUAAAAAGGUUCCUGAAAAAAGUCGAAAGUAAAGUCAGUUAUGUUUUGACUGUUAACACUGGUAGUAAAGAAUUGCCUGAUAUAGUAAAAAGUUCUAAAUAUGUUUUUAGCAAAGGUUUUAUAACAUUGUCGAAUAAAGAUAUCACAGAUGAAAACCUUUCUUUCGUAAGGGACACCAAAAUUAUUGGCAUCAUAUAUUCUGAAAACAAAAACAACCUUAUUAUGACUGUGCAUAAAGCAUCAAACGCAACAGCUGAUAGAUGUACUGUUUGCUUAUGGAAUUUAAGUAUUGCCAGACGGGAACCUGUGAAAAUUUUAACAGUAAUAGAUAAUAUUGUUGUUGGUAGAUUUAGAGGCAACACUGAUGGUAUUUUUGUCGCUGCAUUGGAGGACGGCUCACUUCAUCUUUGGGACCUAUCGGAGAAGCCGACAUGGCAUAACAAUGUUGUCAGCGACGAGAAAACUACCAAUUUAGUAGAAGUUAAUGUUGGGUCCUCAACAACACAAAUAGAGGAAGACAGAGAAUGGAAUUUGAAAAAUAGUCACGUAAUCUAUAAUGAGAAGACUAUACCAUAUGCCAUGCAAACUUGCGCCUACACGAGCAGUGCUAGUAAUGUACUGGAUAAUACUGCAGUAGACCAUGUGGUCGGUCUAGAAAUGGAAUGCAAGCAGACCAGUCACGAUGCAGGAAGGAAACUCAUGGGGCAGGUGUAUGUAUUACAACGAAUAGGAAUAUUAACGAUCUGGUCCAUAAUACAAGAGAAGCUAAAAACUAAUACAGACAUGGGCAAAGCAUUCUGGUCGAAGAUGAAGUUAGAAAAAACUCAAGCCAUAUCUCUCAUUGAACACAUAAAUGGCGUCGAACCAUCAACAAGUAAUGUAAAUUUCAAUCUGAACGCAGCCAAAAAACGAGUGCUAUUAAGAAAAAAAGAAAGGACCAAAGACAAGAAGAUUUCCCGCCCGAAAUCGUCUGUCAGUUUUGACAGACCCGUCAGUGCUGUCAGUAUAAAGAAGAAAGUGUUGCCAGUAGAAAAUAAUUGGGAGAAUGGUAUAGUUUGUAGCGAUUUGAAAAUAAUGAAAUAUGACAAUGCAGAUUAUGUGUUGAUUGCAAAAAAUUGUGGGGAGGUGCUGUGUUGUACGAAGACUGGAGCUGCUGUUAAAGUGAAUAGAAUGUGUGUUGCCAAUGAUGCAACAACAGUAACCUGUUUGGAAGUGUCACAGCAUGGACUGUCAUAUUUCUUGGCGGGCACCGAUGUUGGUACCGUCAACUUAUGUUCAGUGGUAGACGCGAGGGUUCUACUUACACUGGACUCCAGGAAUUAUCCAGAACGAAAAGAGACGGAAAGAUACCAGAGCGACCCUAAGGGUCGGUACAUGGGCGUCACAGUGACCUCGCAGCCAAGCACCAAAGAUAUACAAAUAAUGCCAGGCAUAGCAGUGAAAUCAAUAUAUUGGUCGACAGUCAACCCGUGUUCUAUAUACACAUUACUGAGAGAAGGGACACUAAUGUCAUGGGAGUUGACACAUAGUGACAUCUACGCGGCAAGUGUCACCGAGAGCGCCGCAAUAGGUGUCGCGGCGAAUGCUGACACUUUGGCACUGUUGACUCCCGAUGGUGAGGUUCAGCUUCACAAAUUGAUGGGUGACCGCAGUGUGGACAAUUACAUACAAUUGUUCACAAAAUAUGUAGCACUUUUAUAG